UUAUGGUGUUUUUCCUGAUCUCAUCGUAUUCCCCUUUUUUUUCUGGUUUUUCUUAUUUCUCCAUUUUCCCUGUUUCCUCCCCUCUCUGACCCUCGCUCUCUCCGAUCGAUCGAGAUGUCGACCGAGAAAGAAAGAGAGAACCACGUUUACAUGGCGAAGCUUGCAGAGCAAGCUGAGCGAUACGAAGAAAUGGUUGAGUCCAUGAAGAAAGUUGCUAAACUGGACCUGGAAUUGACUGUUGAGGAGCGGAACUUGCUCUCCGUGGGCUAUAAAAAUGUAAUUGGUGCACGUCGAGCUUCAUGGCGCAUCAUGUCAUCUAUAGAACAAAAGGAGGAGACAAAGGGCAAUGAACAGAAUGUCAAGCGUAUUAAGGCAUAUAGGCAAAAAGUGGAAGAAGAGCUGUCAAAGAUUUGUAAUGAUAUCUUGACAAUCAUUGAUGAGCAUCUGAUUCCAUCAUCUGGAUCAGGAGAAUCCACAGUCUUCUAUUACAAAAUGAAGGGUGAUUACUAUCGCUACCUUGCAGAAUUCAAAAUUGACAAUGAAAGAAAAGAAUCAGCAGACCAAUCUCUCAAGGCUUAUGAGGCUGCUUCAAACACAGCAAAUACGGACCUUCCUUCAACCCAUCCUAUUCGCCUUGGCCUUGCACUGAACUUCUCUGUUUUCUACUAUGAAAUUCUUAAUUCUCCUGAGAGGGCUUGUCACCUGGCAAAACAGGCAUUUGACGAGGCAAUUGCAGAGCUGGAUACACUGAGUGAGGAGUCCUACAAGGAUAGCACCUUGAUCAUGCAGUUGCUGAGGGAUAAUCUUACUCUCUGGACUUCUGAUCUACCUGAAGAUGGAGCUGAAGAUGGUAUCAAGGCUGAAGAUGGCAAAGUUGAACCGGAGCAUUGAUGAGGGUUCACUUCUGCUGCACUUCAUUUCAAAGUGCUACAUGAAUGCGUUUUGAUUGGAGGUAAACCUCCAAGCUUCUUCUCCUGGCAGAUUAAAAGGCAGCAGUCUUUUUGAAUUCUGGCAUUAUGUGUAGUUUCUUGAUAGAUGCAGUUAUUUCUGCUUAUCCUUGUAUUUCCUCUCUCUCUCUCUCUCUCUCUCUCUCUCUCUCUUUCUCCCCGUCUCUCUUUUUGAUCUCUCUUUCCUCUUAAGACUGAUCUUGUAAUGUUCAGAGACGAAGAUCUAUCUGUUAUUGAAGUAGCUCAAAUUUCAAGA